CUAUCACUUCUAGCCCCGUGACAAUCAUUAUCCGGCGGUCUUUUAGAGCCCCUUUGACGUGUCUUUUGAGAAGAUUUCAAGUCAGCUGUGAAUCAGUGAAUGAGACCGGGGGAAACCUACUGGGUUACUCUUUGCAGUCCGAUUCGCGUGAGCAGAGCGCAUCGUGUGGAUCAACUCGGAUAAUAUGAACCCUCUGAGGAAGAUUCGCCCCGUUUGGGUGAAGGAUACGAUUUUCGUGGUGUUCCUGCUCCUCUACAUGUUCGGUCCACUGCAAGCAGUCGCAUCGUACUUGCCUUUGCUAUGGAGCAUACCGGCGAUUUUCAUGCUCACUAGUUCUGUCUGGUCUCUCGUCGAGCUCCUCCUGUCAGAAAAACGUGUGGACCCGUAUAAGAAAGCAAUCUUCAUCUCUGGUUGUGAUUCGGGAUUCGGGUUUGAGCUCGUGAAGCACAUGGCACAUAAAGGCUUCGACGUCAUCGCUGGAUGCUUGAAACCGGACGAUGGUGGAGCGAUACUACUGAGAAGUAUGCAGAACGUGUCGGUAGUUGAACUCGACGUCACCAAAGAAGAUCGAGUCUCGAACAUCGCAGAGCUCAUCGGCGAGAGGCUGAAGCGCGAGAAUAAAGUGCUGUGGGCUGUGGUGGCCAACGCCGGGUUGGGUUGCUGCGGUCCUUUCGAAUGGACUACGAUCCGGGAGAUAGAAAGAAUGUUCGAUGUAAAUGUUUACGGAUGCAUAAGAACCGCUAAGGCAUUCUUGCCGCUUCUGCGAGAAUCUCGAGGACGUUUCGUCGUUAGUGGCAGCUUAUCUGGUAUCCACAGCUUCCAAAACGGCGUGCCUUAUUCAAUGGGCAAAGCAGCAGUGAAAAGUCUCACCGAAGGUCUCACCAGAGAGCUGAGCCCUAGCACCAAAAUUCAUUUCGCGUGCGUGAUGCCCACUUUCCACGACACUCCAAUGGUGAGACAAGCGACUGCCGACGAAAUCGAUCGGAAAUAUCACGCCCUUCCCGAAAGUCUCAGGGAUAAAAUUGGUCUAGGGUACCUGAAAAAAAUAAGGGAAGAGAUCCACAUGACUAUCAAGUCUCUCACACUGAAGGAUUUAUCACGGACCAUUGCGAAAUUCGACCAUGCCCUCACUUCAACGAGGCCACGAUUCGAAUACAUCAGUGACACAUGGCUCUUCGAGUACGUCGUGUGGCCUCUGCUUAAGCACUUCCCCGUUGAUACACUACAUAUUCUAUUCGAGAUGCUCCCAGCACGAGCGAGAUUGCUCCACAAGUUCAAAUGUUCCUAGCGAUCAUGAAGAAAUGCUCUCGAGUUAAACGCACUCUCGGGUGAGCUUGAGUCGAAAGCCUGCAACGGCCGUCGUUGUCCUUUCAAUAAACGGAGGAUCCGAGUCUGUUCU